AGGUGGUGGAUGUGUGCCGGCGCUGCUUGCUUAGUGUGGCCACCCUCCAGGGAUUUCGAGAAAGCGUCGCAAGAGAACUAUAUUUAAAAUUCAAGAUAAAUCUUUCAUUGCAGUGGGAUUAGAAAAAUAUUAACCGCUAUUAUUGAGAAGAUUGACUUUAGUAGAUAAUUUUUCAUUUAAAAAUACUGGUAUCAAUUAAUGACCUAAAUUUGGAACCUCUCUAUUAUUUUUUAAUCGUAAAACGAUAUUUAUUGAAAUUACUUUAUUGAGCAAAUUUUUUUGGUGAACAAAUUAUAUCGCCAUAGAAGCAGUGUCGACUUGCGGUUCAUUCAUGAGCGCCUUAGAGCAAAGUGCUUUUAAAAAUACAUUGCAUUAUAAACAGGCUCAUAUUUUCCAGAGAUUAAAUAACUAAUUUUAUUUCGAUUUUUGUAUUCAUGAGAAAAAAUCGUUUUGCAUAAACAUUUUACUCGGGUAAAUGAACACUAACUGACGAAGAGAAAUUAUAAUGAUUCAUGUUGGCAUUUGUUGACGAGGAAAUAUGUUGAAAAUGCUCUGGGAAUAAUAUAUUUCUCUGAUUUUGAUUAAAAACACACAAAAGAAAAAACUCAAAUUUUGUACAGUGAAAGUUCUACAAUUUUAUUGACUUCAAUAAGGUGUGAUAAUUCAAGAAACAAUAGAAUUUAGUUUAACAAUAAUGGCCCCAGUGAUCAACCAGCGAAGUCAGCCGCUGGAGGUUCUCGAUAACCGCCAUGUUCGCGAUAAUCGACACAAGUCGGGAGGUGAAGAUCGCAAAUUUCUUAAACACACUUGGAGCGACAGCGAUUCUCGGAGUAUUUCUCCAUCUCCAUCCGUGAAAAGCUUCCAUUCUGCUAGAAGUGCAUUCUCUGUCCAGUCGGAAGUAGGAGAUUCUGGAGUGAGUUCAGAGCGAGAUUCUCCUUCUCCACGAGAAUCUCCUUCGCUCAAUUCAUCCAUUGGACCAUCAGAAUCAGAAGACAGUUGCGGUUCAUCAGAGUCUCUUCACAAGUUUUCUGCGGAGACCCAAAAGUUCCAAGAGAUUCUGAAAAACACACAGCAAAAUGUCCCGAAACUUCCACCCAAGAACCGCAAGCGUCCUUUGCACAUAAAUAAACCUUCUCUGCCUACGGUACUUUUCAAGCAGAUUUGUGAACGCGCACGACAGUUUGAGAAGCGUCGUCAGAGAGCGGCUAAGAUCGAAGCUUCCAGCAUAAACAAGAUGCGUGGCCUGACCAUCAGAGGAAGGCCUAUAACUCACACACGCAUGACCCAUUCUCAGCCACCACACUCGACGUUAUUAUCAACGGCUUCCUUAUUCCCGUCGACGCCUUCGUUAAUCCUAGAAGAGGACGAAGGUGAGGAUGAACGUGUUCAUGGGACUCGCUCGUCCCUCAGCUGCGAAGAUUCGUCACUGGGUUCUGUUACGUCUUCGUGCAUGGCCGGGUUAUUUGAACACGAGGAACAAGACGCAGGCGUGGCAUUUGCCGGAAUUCGUGACAUCUUCAGCCCCCAGCAACUUUCGACUAUCCGCAGCCAGAAAGGAACUGUUAGGGGCGUCAGGAACAGGGUCAGGGCCGGCAUCGCUACCUUCACUUCUGAUCAACGCAUUUUGAAGUUGUACAGCGAGCGCGAGAGAGGACGCGUGGUGAUGUUCGUGACAAGCCUCGGCAUCGUGCGCUCUACCUACGAGCGCUGCCAGAGCAUCCGCAAGAUCCUCUGGAACUUGAUGGUCCAGUUCGAGGAGCGCGAUGUCUUCAUGGCCAGGGACACUCAACUGCAGCUGCUAGACAGGCUUAACUCGAAGGUGGUCAGCCUGCCACACAUCUUCAUCGAAGGACAGUACUUAGGGGGCGCGGACUUGAUCGAACAUCUCAACGAAACUGGAGAGCUCCGUCGCCUGAUGCAACCUUAUCGGAUGCAGUCACAGAGCAAGACGCGGUGUGAAGCGUGCGGUGGACACCGCAUGCUACCGUGCCCAGUAUGCAGUGGCUCCAAGAAGUCGCUUCACCGCAAUCACUUCACACUCGAGUUCGUGGCGCUCAAGUGCAGCUGCUGUGAUGAGUCCGGUCUGGUGCCCUGCUCUGAGUGUGCGCAAAAUGGCUAAAGGAAGCUCAUUUUUUUUCGUUUCUUGAAUUUUUAUUGUAGAGUUGGUUUAAAGGAAUGGGUAUCCGGCUCACAAUAACAGAUUUAAAAGGAUUGACGAGCAAAUUGAAUUUUAAUUUAAAUUCAAACGAACAAAGUUAGCCAAAUCGUUAAAAUUUAGUUGAACAGCAGCAUUUAUAGAUUAUAUAUUAUAAUUGUAUUUGAAGUUCAGAUUACACUUAUUUACAUAUGGAAGCUUUGAUUGAAAUUAGAAUGAUUGAUUUAAUAAUGAUCGCUCUAAGUUAAAUGACUUUCCAUAGAGUAAGCAACCAAAUAGAAAUGAGAUAAAUGAACAUUCCUAGAAAAAAAAUCAAGGAAUGCUCUGCAUUUUCUGAACCAUAUAAUAAGGAUUAGGAUGGAAAAAUUGUAUCGCAAGUUCUGUGCAGAUUGUGAAAUAAAAUGUUAAUAUAUAAAACUCUAAGCGGCUAGACCAAUGCAUCGAACCAUUGACCAUAUAUAUUGUAAAAAUACUAAUUCGUUGAGCGCUAUACUUGAUGUUGUUGAAACUAUACUUCGAUUCGUGGAUCUAUACAUUAUCUUAUAUUCGUAAGACACAGGUAGGACUUGGAAACGUAGGAGCAAAAUUUAUCGCUUAGAAAAGAAGUCAGUAAGUUAUGAGUGUUGUGUCUGCUAACUAUCAUGCAGUUACGCCGUAUUGAUAAGAAUAUAGGGGGUUAAAAGAUGAUAUGUAUUGGGAUAGUAAUUAAGUUAUACGGUGUGUGAAUAUGAAACUUCAUUCACACGACUGAGAACAACACAUGCAGGGAUCGACACUUUGUUAGGAUACUUUAAUUUAUAAUUCUUGAUGCUUGCAACUGUGCAUAUGUAGGACGUUAUAUAAAAAAUAUCAAAUUCGAUAUAAUGAUAAUAAUUAUA